CGUCUUUUCUGAAUCUCAAGUUAUUCCUUCCCGAUACAUAGUACCUUUUUCUCUCUAAUGUUCCAGCGAGAUCCAAGAGCAGGAGCUUUCUUAGGCGGAGACCGUGUGUCAGGGCAAGAUAUCAGGGAUCAAAAUGUAAUCGCUGCACUAUCUAUCGCGAACACUUUGAAGAGCUCUUUGGGCCCUCUUGGGCUCGACAAAAUGCUUGUGGAUAACAUCGGGGAAGUUACCAUUUCAAACGAUGGCGCCACGAUUUUAUCACUCCUCUCCGUUGAGAACCCUGCAGGUCGAGUCUUUGUUGACCUUGCACAAAAGCAAGACAAGGAAGUCGGAGACGGCACAACAUCUGUCGUCAUCAUUGCCUCUGAACUCCUUCGUCGUGCAAACGAACUAGUCAAAGCUAAAAUUCACCCAACCACAAUCAUCACUGGCUAUCGCUUGGCUUGCAGAGAAGCAGUUAAAUUCAUGCAAGACCAGCUCAGCAUCAAGGUGGAUUCAUUGGGACGGGAUGCACUGAUCAAUACUGCGAAGACAUCUAUGUCCAGUAAGAUCAUCGGGAAUGACGAUGAUAUCUUUGCACCCAUGGCAGUCGAGGCUAUGCUGGCCGUAAAGACCAUAAAUUUAAGAGGGGACGUCAAGUAUCCUGUGAAAGCCGUAAAUGUUCUCAAAGCUCACGGUCGAAGCGCUCGGGAAUCCCUAUUCGUCCAGGGAUAUGCAUUGAAUUGUACUGUUGCUAGUCAAGCCAUGAAAAAACGAAUCACUAACGCCAAGAUUGCGUGUCUCGACAUCAACCUCCAGAAGGCCCGUAUGCAACUUGGAGUCCAAAUCUUGGUUGAAGAUCCCAACCAGCUCGAAGAAAUACGGAAGCGAGAAGCCGAAAUAACCCUCGAACGAAUUCGAAAGAUUUUGGGAGCAGGCGCCAACGUCGUCCUCACCACAAAGGGUAUCGAUGACUUGUGUUUGAAAGAAUUCGUAGAAGCCGGUGCCAUGGCCGUUCGUAGAUGUCGGAAAGAGGACCUACGAAGGAUCGCAAAGGCAACUGGUGGUCAACUGAUUUCCACUUUGGCCAAUUUGGAAGGCGAGGAGAGCUUCGAGGCUAGCUAUCUGGGUACAGCAGACGAAGUCGUCCAGGAGCGAAUUUCGGACGACGAGCUCAUCUUGGUCAAAGGUACAAAAGUUGUCAACUCUUCAUCGAUCAUCCUGAGAGGUGCAAAUGACUACAUGCUCGAUGAGAUGGAGAGAGCGUUACAUGAUACACUCUCGAUCAUCAAGCGUACCCUAGAAAGUGGUUCAGUAGUUCCAGGUGGUGGUGCGGUUGAGUCAGCACUUAGUAUCUACUUGGAGAACUUUGCAACAACAUUGGGCUCGCGAGAGCAACUCGCCAUCGCUGAAUUCGCCAGUGCAUUGUUGUCAAUUCCAAAAACGUUGGCAGUGAACGCUGCUAAAGAUUCCACGGAUCUUGUUGCCAAAUUGCGCGCGUAUCAUCACGCUGCACAAAACGCACCUGUCGGUGAUCCUAAAAAGGCGCUCUUGCGAUACGGGCUUGAUCUUAUGACUGGAGACGUCCGAGACAACGUUACUGCCGGUGUACUAGAGCCGACAAUGAGUAAAGUCAAGAGCUUGAAAUCUGCGUAUGAGGCGGCAGUAUCUCUUCUGAGGAUAGACGAUGCGAUACAAUGUGUUCCAGAACCCAAGGGUGAUCCGGAUCCCCAUGGUCAUUAGUAGAGGUAAUACUUGUACCGUCUUCGAGGGUGAAUCAAAACAACGGAAACAGGUUACAUACUGAAAUUCAGAUCUAGUCCUUGAUCGUCGAGUUUGACCUUGUACCUGGGGCAUGAAGCAAGUUAGCAUGAAUGUUACUUAGAUAGAUAAAUAACGACUGGCAGGUUAUCCUCCAUGUCGAGAGCUACGUCCAGGUCUUACAAUGGAGGAGCCAUACGCCGAUGUUCAUGUCCAAAGUUAGUAGACUGCAGCACUGAGCAAGUACGGCGGCAGCUGAGAAUUAUGUAUCCUCAAU